AUGGAUGAAAGUAACAUGCUCGACACCGGGUUCCUGGAGCGUCUCAACACGCUGCUUGCCAAUGGAGAGGUUCCUGGUCUUUUCGAGCGCGAUGAACACACCACGCUCAUGUCUCAGAUCAAGGAAAGCACAGCGAAACAGGGCUUGAUGCUGGAUACCCCUGACGAAUUGUACAAGUGGUUCACAACUCAAGUCAUGCGGAAUCUACACGUUGUCUUCACGAUGAACCCAUCAGAAAAUGGUCUUCGUGAUCGCGCUUCCACUUCGCCUGCUCUGUUCAAUCGUUGCGUCCUCAAUUGGCCUGGUGAUUGGGACGAUUCCAGGUUGGUCGGUUCGGAGCUUGCUGCUGGCUACGACACAAUGGUGACGAAAUGGGAAGCGCCCUUCUCCUUCGAACCUGUCUCCGAGCUGGUGCCCAAGCCACCCAAGUACGAGGACGCUGUGAUGAACACCAUGGUCCUUGCCCACAAUGCCGUCAAGAAGUUCAACCUUUCUGAGUCCAAGCGCGGCCACCGCACGAUGGCGAUCACGCCACGGCACUCCUUGGAUUGCAUCCGCCACUACACGCGACUCUAUCGCGACAAAUAUCGGGAGCUGCAAGAGGAAAAGCAACAUCUCAACAUCGGUCUCGACAAAAUCAAGGAGACGGAAAAGCAGGUACUCGAGCUGCAGAAGAGUCUUUCCCAGAAGAGCAACGAACUGGAGGAGAAGAAGGCCGAGGCGAACAAGAAGCUCAAGCAAAUGUUGUUGGACCAGCAGAAGGUGUAUUCUUUUCUCGUAGCGCCAGAAGGAUUUGGCGGAGCAGAGCCGGAGCAGGCGAAGCAAGCCGAGGUGCAGAAGGACCUUUCACAGGUCGAGCCCGCCGUGGAAGAAGCAAAGGCAGCUGUUUCUGGAAUCGGCAAGCAGCAAUUGAUCGAGGUCCGCUCCAUGGCUUCGCCCCCAGUCCUUGUGAAGUUGACGCUUGAGGCCAUCAUGGUGAUGCUAGGGGGAAACGUUGGUACCGACUGGAAGGGAAUUCGUGGAGUGAUGGUCAAGGAAGACUUCAUGAACCGCAUCGUCCAUUACAAGACCGAUCAAGUGACGCCCGAGUUGAUCAAGGCUAUGCAGAAGUAUAUCAGCAACCCGGAUUGGGAAUUCGAGAAGGCAAGUCGC